AUGGCCGCCAACAACCACGACGACGGCGUUGCCUUGGAGCAGACGCUGUCUGUUCAAAAAGGAGUGGAUCAUGAAAUACCGGAUGAAGCCUCUGCUGGUGAAGCUCUCGAUGUCGUGCUUGAUCCCGAGAUGGAGAAAAAGCUUUUGGUGAAACUGGAUCUUGCCUUUGUACCAAUUAUCAUGCUCACCUACUUAUCCUGCUUUUUGGAUCGGUCGAAUAUUGGAAAUGUCAAGGUGGCCAACAUGCCUGAAGACAUCAAUGCCUCCGACAGCCAGUUUUCAACCGCGGUAUCUAUCUUUUAUGUAACCUACGUUCUGUUCGAAUCACCGUGGGCUGUGCUCAUGAAGAAAUUGACGCCGCGAAAUAUCCUGACCGGACUCUGCAUUGUAUGGUCCUUGACCACCAUUUUUACAGGCUUCAUUGAAUCCGUGGGCUCGCUGUAUGCCACUCGGCUCAUCCUGGGUGCCUGCGAAGCGGGAUUGUUUCCCUGCUUGAAUCUGUAUCUCACCAUGGUCUAUCGCCGCGAGGAGCAGGCGAAGCGUGUAUCCUACUUGAUGAGCUGUGCUGCUAUCUCGGGAGCCGUGGGCGGUCUUUUGGCAUAUGGAUUAUUGCACAUGGACGGCAUUGGAGGUAAAGCAGGCUGGAGAUGGGUUUAUAUCAUCGAGGGCUUGUUCAGCGGAAUCUGCGCCAUUCUGAUUUGGUUCGGACUUCCGAACAACCCGACAGAAGCCUACUUCCUUACGGAGGAGGAACGAUGGAUGAUGCGAGUCCGAAACGAGCAACGGCGCAAGUAUAUGGGCAGUGACAAGUUCAGCUGGGAAGAAAUGCGGAUUGCCCUCGGCGAUCCCAAGCUCUUCUUCUCCGGGGUCAUCCAGUUCUGCCAGGAUAUUCUUCUUUAUGGAUUUAGCACAUUUCUGCCCACCAUCCUGGAGGGCAUGGGGUACAAUUCCCUGAUGAGCAAUGUCCUGACCGUUCCGGUCUACAUUUGGGCUGCGGUCGUUUUCAUCUCGGUGGCCUUUUGCUCAGACCGAUAUUCGAAGUUUGCAUCGUUUAUCUUUGCCGCCAACAUCUUUGGUAUAAUUGGGUACAUCCUGCUACUUGUGGUCGAGAACACGGCAAUCAAGUACUUUGCCACGUUCCUGAUUGGAAUCACCACCUACACGGGUGUCGGUCUCAAUGUCGCGUGGAUAAAUGUGAACGUUGCACCGCAAUACCGACGGGCCCUAGAGAUUGGCCUGCAACAGACCAUGGGAAAUUGUGCCGGGAUCGUGGCAGGCCAGAUUUAUCGUCAUUCCCCUUAUGUAUUGGGAAACGCCUUCUCCCUGGGUGCGCUAGUGAUAGCACAGCUGGUUGUCGCCAUGCUAGGGCUGUACUUGCGGCGUGAGAACAAGAUCAAGGAACAAAUUCUCAGCGGAGAUGCAGAAGACACUCGACGCGUUCGUUCAGGCGAUGGCGCCGUGGACUUCAAGUAUCACUACUAA